AUGUCCCAGGAUCCUCGCGCGCUCCUUCAGAAGGUAGGGGCCUCACAUGUUCGCCUUUUGAAGGCUCAGUGAUUGACAGGGCGUAUCACAGGCAGACAAAGCGGCGCAAUCUGCUGGCAGCGGGUUCUCUCUCUUCGGAGGAAAGACUGAGAAAUACGAAAAUGCGGUCGAGCUCUAUACACAAGCCGCAAAUGCGUUUCGAAUGCAGAAAGCUGGCAAAGAGGCGGGACAGGCCUUCGAGCGGGCGGCUGCACUACAGUCAGGAAAGCUGAACGAGCCAGACGACGCUGCGAACACCCUGACCGAGGCGUAUAAGUCAUACCGAAAAGAUGAGCCGGAGGAGGCUGCCCGAGUUUUGGAACAGGCGAUCACUCAUUACACGAUGAAGGGCAACUUCCGAAGAGCUGCAACACAUAAGCAGAAUCUGGCGGAGCUCUACGAGGUUGAGCUGGGCGAUCAAAAGCGAGCGAUGGAGGCAUACGAAACUGCUGCUGGAUGGUACGAGAACGACAAUGCAGAGCAGUAAGUUUCAAGCUAUCUUCACUCCCUCGAUUGCUGCAAUCUAACAUGACUUGUGCUCUCUCUCCAGACUUGCCAACAAGCUAUACUUGAAACUCGCCGAUAUCUCCGCACUCGAGGGCGAUUAUAUGAAAGCGAUCUCCAACUACGAACGCAUCGCCAAAUCCGCCAUCAACAACAACCUGAUGAAGUGGUCGGUGAAAGAGUACUUUCUCAAAGCUGGCAUUUGCCAUCUCGCACAAAACGACACCGUGGCAACGAAUCGAGCCCUCGAAUCAUAUCGCGAUCUUGAUCCUGCAUUUACACAGACCCGAGAACACCAGCUUCUAGUAGAUCUGUCCGAGGCAGUAGAAGAAGGGGACGGAGAGAAGUUUGCCGACAAGUUGUUCCAAUUUGACCAGAUGUCGAAGUUGGACAAGUGGAAGACUACACUGCUCCUGCGGGUGAAGGAGCAGAUCCAGGCGGCGGAUGAGGACUUCGCGUGA